UAUUAUAGCAAAUAUUAAUUAAGUUACAAUAUAGAGCUAGCUAUUUAUAUAAACUUUGUAAGUUUUUUUUCUUCUUCAGCAGAUCAUCAUGAUCAUGGAUAGCCCUAGUAAUAUUGGUGGUGGUACAAUAUUGGAUGAAGAUCAUGAUCAUCAUGGUCAUGAUGAUCAAGUUGAAGUUCCACUUCCGGGAUUUCGGUUUCACCCAACUGAUGAAGAGCUUGUAGGCUUCUAUCUCCGCAGGAAGGUUGACAAAAAACCGAUCACCAUCCAGCUCAUCAAACCCAUUGACAUCUACAAAUACGAUCCUUGGGAUCUUCCAAAAGGCACCUCAUGUAGCGCAGGAGAUAAAGAGUGGUACUUCUUCUGCAAAAGAGGAAGAAAGUACAAGAACAGCAUAAGACCGAAUCGAGUGACCGGCUCCGGGUUUUGGAAGGCGACCGGCAUCGACAAGCCGGUGCAUUCCCACGGAGGAGACUAUGGACAGAAAAAUCAGUGCAUUGGACUCAAGAAAACUUUGGUUUACUAUAGAGGAAGUGCAGGGAAAGGCACCAAAACUGACUGGAUGAUGCAUGAGUUUCGCCUUCCCACCAUUAAUGACAAUUACCAUAAUAUCACCAAUAUUCACCCAGCUUGCAACACACCUAAGGCAGAUCCUCAAGAAGCUGAAAUAUGGACUUUAUGCAGGAUAUUCAAGAGAAACAUGUCAUACAGAAGGUACACCCCGGAUUGGAGAGAAUUAUCUACUAAGCGCCAUCAUCCAAUGGACGCAAUAAUUAGCUCUAAGAAAUGCAGUAAUUUGGAUCAUUCUGAUAAUAACAAUAACAUUACGACUAAUCGAGAAGCUAAUCAUAAUUACAUCGAUUUCAGCACUCCGAUUAGGAUGAAUUAUCACGAGGAUCAUCAAGAGAAGAAGCCUGUUAUAAAUCACACGAUGAUCAUGAAUAAUAAUGGAAUUAGUCAUCACGACCGUACAUCUAACCAGCUCUUGCAUGCUGGUCAAUUGAACUCCAAUAUGGUCCCUCAUAAUUAUAACAAUCACAAUAUUAUUAAUGUUAAUCCGUCUAUUAAUCCCUUCUCAAGCUGUUUUUCGACAUGCCCAGAUGAGAUUAGUGAUGAUCAGUUAUUUACGCGCAUGACAAAUACUACUUGGGAUGAGCUUAGCGCAGUUGUAGAGCUUGCUCUUGAUCCAGCUUUUGAGUAAUUAAUUAUAUUUACUAGCUUAGUUAGCUAGACUUGUUGUAAUUAUAUACACACGUAUUUAUUAGAUUUAGAUAGAUACAUAUAUAGCAGUAGUGUGGAGCUUAUUAAUUAUGUGUUGUACUUUUGGAUUAUUUUACUGGAUUC